AUGAAUAAUACUCGUUGGUUCUUGGUGAUGAGGAAAGCAUCGUCAUUCAACCAUGCAUGUGUUCUCCAUCAUCAGGGUCCCAUGAUGUAUCGAUCCUUUUCAUAUUGCAGACUGUCAUUGACAUCUUUGGACAAUGAUCAGAACCAAUCUCAUUCCGACAAGAGGGAUACUACUGCUUCCUCUCCACCAUCCCGCAAUACAUUCUCUCACCUUUUUCAGAAAAUAUUUAAACUCUAUCAAUCCCUUACAAAUUAUUUAUUCAAAUUUCAAAUGAAUUAUACCAAUGUAUUCUUUUCAUCCUACAAUCGAGAUUUAUCUCCAUAUUUUAGUGAUUUAAAAAAUAAGAAUAAGAUUUCAACUGGAAAUACCUAUGAAUCAAUGACUUCUGGAAAAUUUGCUCAAACUAGAAAAGAUUUGGAUUUAGAUAAUAUGGAGAGUUUGGAACCUCUUUUUGAAAAAGAUUUAUUUUUAUAUUUUGUAUUCAAAAAUCAUUUAUUAGUGAAAUAUUUAAAGUUAUUAGCAUUUAGAAAACAACAUACUGAACUAGACACAAGUGAAUUCCACUCUUUUUAUGAAUUGUUUACUUCUCAACAAUGUUAUAAAGAUUUUAUGAAACAUGUACAAUUAGAGGAUCAGUCAUUCCAGGUUGAAAACAUUCAAAAUAUCGAUAUCAUUAAUAUUCAAAAUAAUAUAGUAGAUGAUUACAUCCAAGUAUUAAUAGAUAUUGAAAUGUAUAAUUAUUCCAAAGAUGGAACAUACUUUUAUUCAGUGUUCUAUAUUGAAAAGAAAUAUCCAUUGAAUUAUGAUUCACACCAAGAAAAAAAACCCAAAGAUGAAUUAGAGGCUUUGAAGCAUUUCAUUUCAGGAUGGAAAUUCUCUCGAGUGCCUCAAAUCAUGAAACUUGAAUCGUAG